AUGAACGUAGACGCCAAGGAGAAGAGCUCGCCUGCUCCGUCGGUAGAGCCCAUUGGGUCCAAUCACGACAUCAGAUCUGCCGAUGAACACUCGGAAACCCCCAAGAUGGAGGUUAACGGCGACGAGAAGGACAAAGGCAUCGUGUCGCUUGGACAGAAGUCGGCCAAUGCAAAGGAUCCGUCGAGACCGCGGAGGAAAAAGGCUCGCAGGGCUUGUUUUGCUUGCCAGCGGGCGCAUUUGACUUGCGGUGAUGAGAGACCGUGUCAGCGGUGUAUCAAGCGUGGCCUGCAAGAUGCAUGUCAGGACGGGGUCCGGAAAAAGGCCAAGUACCUUCAUGACGCACCCGAUGGGGCGUUGAUGCCUGGCAUUGGUGGAAACUUUUACAACAAUCCUAUGCGUAACAAUAGUCUGCCGCUGUCGAGGAACGGUGCAAACGCAGUCAAUGCGACCGCUCCGCAGAAUUCCGGUGCCAGCUUCUAUCCAACUCCCCAGUCUACGUCAUACAAUGUCUACCAAGAGAACCCCAUGAAUCAAGCGUCGUUCACCUCGCAAUCGCCCGUCUCGCCUUCGUUCAACCUCAAAGCCACCCCCACCGCUCGAAAUAAUAGCUUGCCAACCUCAGUAAAUCAGCAGCCACCGGCCACGAAUGCCUCGGGUCCGCCAACUCAGCCUCCCAAUCCGUUCGCCGGUCCGUUCUUCGAUCCCAGUGACCCCGCACUUUUCAAUUUUGAUCUUUCUAGCAUGAACUUUGAGAACCGAUACGGCGCGCUGGAGUUCGGCAUGCUGGGACACAUGGCGACAGGCGCUGGGGAUUCACCGAGCGACUCAGCCACGCAGCGCGGGUCCAUGGGCCGCAGUGGCUCUGCCCAGUUCGCUACGACUCCAAUCACUGGAGGGCCUGGUUUCGGGGAAAGUCCCGGCAACCAGCAACCGUUCAUGUUCGGUGACCCGCUCUUGAAUGAAUGGCCGAGCAGCCAGGCCCCAGGACAGGCGCAUGUCAAUGUCCCUAGCGUCUACCCCCAGUCAAGUCAGGGGAAUGUGAUACCUGGCCAUCUGUCCAAGGCCGAUGCGCCUCAUGCGUUUGCGAUUGAAAGCGGACCAGGCCAUUUCAACAGCCCUGGCGCGACGACUAGUCCUCGGAUGACGAGCGGCUUCGAAGAUUCUCCGUUUAGCACUCCUAUUGCUAGUAAAGCGAAUGGGUUGGCUCCGAACAAUCAACGACCCGCUAUCACGACACCUAGUUUGAAGCACCAGAAUCUGCAUGUGGGUGUGCGCCGGCGACAACGGAAUCCAUCUUCGAUCUACGAAAGUGUAAAGGAGCCUUACGCAUAUACCAGUCGCUUUCACAACCUUACUGCCUUCAUCCAGCGGCGAUUCAGUCCGCAGAAGACCCUACAGAUUGCCAAGGCGCUGGCAUCGAUUCGGCCCUCGUUUAUUGCGACUACCAAAACGUUGAACCGAGACGAUCUAAUCUUUAUGGAGAAGUGCUUUCAGCGGACGCUGUGGGAAUACGAGGACUUUAUCAACGCGUGCGGUACACCUACGAUCGUAUGUCGUCGAACGGGCGAAAUCGCGGCGGUGGGAAAAGAGUUCAGUAUUCUGACUGGAUGGAAGAAGGAUGUGCUUCUCGGUAAGGAGCCGAAUCUGAAUGUGAACACUGGGGGCACCUCGGUCCCAAACUCGGGGGCUUCCUCCCGCAGUUUCACUCCGCGCGGAUCGGCGGGCGAGAGCUCAACACCGGGGCGGCCGCACCCCGUGUUCCUGGCAGAGCUGCUGGAUGACGAUAGCGUGGUGCAGUUUUACGAAGAUUUUGCCCGUUUGGCGUUUGGCGACUCUCGUGGUAGUGUGAUGCGGACGUGCAAAUUGCUAAAGUACAAGACGAAAGAGGACAUGGAGCUGGCAUCAGAGGACAACCAACGGUGGAACAGUCAUCUGCGCAAGGGCGGAAUCGCUAGCGAGGCGGGAAUGAAUCAAUUGGGAUUCAAGGAUGGCAAGGUUGAUUGCGCCUACUGCUGGACAGUGAAGCGCGACGUAUUCGAUAUCCCGAUGUUGAUUGUGAUGAAUUUUCUCCCAUGCAUCUGA